AUGACGUCCAACCGCUCUUCAGCCCAUCCCUCUCCGUCGCGGGGAGGAGGCUCAGCAGGCGCGCCAGGGCCCUCGGCGCCGGCUCCCGAUCGCCAGACGCACUCGACGCACAUCUUCGAGGUGCCAUACCGCAAGGCUGCCGAAGCAGACGGCCCAGAACAAACAUCUACACCUUCCUCCCCCCCUCCACCCUCACAACAGCCGGCAUCUUCGUCGUCAUCCAGCAACAACAACAAGCCACCACCCAAAAUCACGCCCAUACCGAGAAUCGUCCCCUCGGGGUCGCUACAAUAUGACCCGCCGGGAAGUGAGGGCCCGCCGCCACCGCCCAAGCCGCGGCAUGAGGCUCUCGCGCAGGGCCUCGAGGGCAGGUACGUCGACGAGUUCGGGAAUGUCCUAGACUGUGACGGGACAGUCCUGGGGCGAGUCGAGGGCGAUCUCCCGUCCAUGGUCGGCCGUCCUGUGUCUCGGAACGGGGAGAUCCUAGACACGGACGGCGACGUCGUGGGCUACGUCUCGGACAACUACGUUCAGCCGGAGCGGCAGGAGCUCGGCAACGGGCUACAGGUGGACGGGGAGGGCAACAUCUACAACCAGGACGGGGCGGUCAUCGGGAAGCUGAACGAGCCGCCCAAGAAGGAUGCGAAGGGCUCUUGGCCGGCGACGCAGAGGGCUGAGGCUGUCCCGCCGGCGCCCAAGCCGGCGUCUGCGCCUAACCCGUCGGAGAUAUAUCUGGAUGUGAAGUCGACGUUUGACGGCAUCCAGAUCAUCAUGAAGAUACCCACCAUAUUUAACAGGGACCACGACUGUGCAGAGCAUGAUAGGGAGAAGACGCAGGAAGAGAGGGUCAACCAGAAUCCAAUGUCCAUCCCGGGGGGAUGGAAAAAAGAUACGCCUAGAGAAACGCCUAGAGACACCCCAGCCCAAGAGAGGUCCAAUCCAACCGAAGCCAUCCCUCGAUCAGCCACGGGCCAUGUGAGCGACUCCGGGGUAAUAAUUGAUCAUGAAGGAAGGACGAUUGGCAAGCUUGCCGAGUCCGAGGAUGCCCGAUCAUUGGUCGGCAACACAGUCACAGCCGCCGGAGAUGUCCUCAACGACGCUGGCGAAACCGUGGGGCGCGCAUCUCUUGAAGAUGACAAGGAGGAGGAAUACACUACUGGAAAAAAAGAGACCACGGAACGUCCCAAAGCCCAGGAAGAUGACGAAAAGUCUACCGGUGGCGGCUUCUUCAGUUCGGCUUCCAGCAUCGUCAAGCAAGGCUUCGGAUCAUUCAGCCGUAGCAAGAAAAACUUGAGCGACGCCGGACAGGAGGCAGCCCCCGAUGCCCCAGAGGGCGGAAAGGCCGAAACUGAAACGCAAGCAGACAAGUCAGAAGCCGCUCCAUCACAACGCGCUGUACCGGAAGCAAGCCAACCAAAUCUGGUCUCAAAAUCCCAGACUGAUCUAGAGGAGGUCCCACCCAAAACUGAAGAUGAGUCCGUCACCGAAGCUGGCGACCCCAAUCUCAAAUACCCUCCCCCAGAGAGCGCUAUUGCGCCCUCGGAGGCCCCUGAAGAUGACUCCCGCACUGAAGCUGGUGAAUCUCUCAAGAGCGGCCUAUCUGGAGUACCUGACGUCCCUCCCUCUCAGGGCGCCAGCGCUCCUUCAGAGGCACCUGAAGGCUCUCAAGUAGGUGACAAGAGCCAGCGCGAUGCCGAAUCUGAAGCUCCAAACCUCCCUUCAAAGGCCGGGGACGCUCCUUCGCAAGUCCCAGACGAGAUUCGCACUGAAGCCGGCGAGUCUCGAAUUGAAGGAUCGCAGGACGGUCCGGUAGCCCUCGAAGAUCACGAGCAAGAGGAUGAUCAGAAGACGCUGGGCGGUAAGACUGAUGCAAGCGCCGAUAAGAGCCAGGUAACUGGCGCUGAUGUCCCCGAAGCCAUCGGUGAGGAGCAAGCUCUGGGAGAUGAAUCCAAAGCAGGCGAGACACAAGAGGAAGGCGAGAAGCUUGAGGGAGAGGCAGGCGAGAAGCUUGAGGGUGAAGCAGGCGAGAAGCUUGAGGGAGAGGCAGGCGAGAAGGGAGAGGAGGCUGAGAAGCUUGAGGGAGAGGCAGGCGAGAAGCUUGAAGGAGAGGAGGCUGAGAAACUUGAGGGAGAGGCAGGCGAGAAGCUUGAGGGAGAGGAAGCUGAGAAACUUGAGGGAGAGGCAGGCGAGAAGCUUGAGGGAGAGGAAGCUGAAGGAGAGGAGGCUGAGAAACUCGACUACACCAUCCUCAAGGGCGCCAAGGUAAACAAGGUUGGCAAUCUCGUCGAUGACAAGGGCGAGAUGGUUGGCCGUGUUAUCGAGGGCAACGUCAAGCAGAUCCUUGGAAAGAAGGCCGAUGAAGAGGGCAACAUCUGGAACGAUGCCGGCAAGAUUGUUGGAAAGGCCGAGCCCAUUUCUCAGGCUGAGCGCGAUGACCGCAAGGACUUCGCUCCGUUUGAGAACUUCCCAGAUGCUGUCGUUGAAUCUGACGGCCGUGUCACCUCCAAGGGUGAGCAGGUCGGCAUCGUCGUUGAAGGCGACCCCAAGCGUCUUAAAGGCAGCAAGGUCGACGAGGACGGCGACAUUCUUGACCGAAACGGAAACGUUGUCGGCAAGGCUGAGCCAAAGGAGAAGGACGUCCCAGUAGAGGAGGAGCCAGAAAAGAGUGACACCAGCUCUCUGAAGAACGCCAAAGUCAACAAGGUUGGCAAUCUGGUUGAUUCCAAAGGUGAAGUUGUCGGCAAGGUUGUCGAGGGCAACAUCAAGCACCUCCAGGGCAGGACAUGCGACGAGAACGGCGACAUUUGGGAUAGUAGCGGCAAGAUUAUCGGCAGGGGCGAGCCUCUGUCCACGGGCGACCGUGAUGAGCAGAAGGAUUUUGCACCAUUCGAGAAUUUCCCUAAUGCCAUCGUCGAGGCAGACGGUCGUGUGACCUCUGACGGCGUCCAAGUCGGCGUCGUCGUUCAGGGCGACCCCAAACGCCUCAAGGGUAGCAAGGUCGACGAGGAUGGAGACAUCCUUGACCGAAACGGCAAUGUCGUUGGUAAGGCUGAGGCUUGGGAUGAGCCAGAAGCUGAAGCUGAGAAGGUAGUUGACCGCUCUUGUCUGGCUGGAAAGCGUGUCAACAAGAGAGGCAACGUCGUUGAUUCGUCUGGCGUCAUCUAUGGCCGCGUCAUCGAAGGAAAUGUUUCCGCUCUUGUUGGCCGCAUGUGCGACAAGGAAGGUAAUGUGCGCAGCGAGUCUGGCGACAUUAUCGGCAAGGCUGAGAUUGUUUCUGAGGGUGAGCGCGAAGGAUCCAAGGACGGCCCCUUUGCAGAGCUCUCGGGUCUUACUGUUAGCAAAGAUGGCAAGGUCGUGACCCCAGCUGGCGAUGUGGUAGGCAGACUUAUCUCAGGAGACCCCAAGGUUCUCGCCGGACGAUCAGUUGAUGAGGACGGCGAUGUCGUGGACAAAAACGGCAACGUCCUUGGAAAGGCCGAACGGUGGGAGGAGCCCGAGGUUGAGAAGAAGAAAGAUCCUCUCGCUGGUCGACGAGUGAACCGCGAAGGCAACGUUGUCGACGAGGAUGGCAACAUCAUUGGCAAACUUGUCAGUGGCGAUCUUCAAAUAUGCUCAGGCAAGGAGGUCGACGACGAUGGCGAUGUUGUCGACUCCAAGGGCCACACCAUUGGCCAUGUAUCUCUUCUUGAGAACAUUCCUCCUGAGGUUGAGCAGGAGACUGAAGAGGAGAGAAAGGCUCGUGAGGAAGAAGCCAAGCUGAAGGAAGAAAAUGAAAAGGACAGGAAGCUUGCUGGACAGCUCGGCGGAUGCAUUGAGCAGGUCCUGGACAAGGUCCGACCUAUGUGCAAGUUGAUCACAGACAAGAUCGACAGUGCAGAGCGUACUCCCAAGGAAGAGCUGGACGAAGAGGCCCUGGUCCGGGAGGUCAAGCCCCUGAUUGAGGAGGGCGGCAAGAUCCUGAGUGAGGCCAACGGCAUAAUUCGUGGUCUUGAUCCUGAUGGCCGCAUUCAGCGUCAGGCCAAGCAGAGAUCAGGUACUAAGGAGGCUUCCCCAGAGGAGCAUCAUCUGGCAGAGCAACUGAAAGAGCUCACCGGCACUGUCACCCAGACAAUCGACAAUGCCAAGCGCAAGAUUGAGGGUAUGCCUCAUGCCAAGAAGGAACUCAACCCUCUUUGGGGUCUUUUAAUGGAGCCCUUGGGACAAAUUCUCGCCGCCGUUGGCUUGCUGCUCACCGGUGUUCUAGGCCUAGUUGGCAAACUGCUGAGCGGCCUUGGCCUUGCUCCCCUGGUUGACGGCCUCCUAGGCGGCCUUGGGCUGAGCAAGAUCUUGGGCAGCUUGGGAUUGGGAAGUGCGUAUGACGCGCUACUUGGAAAGAAGAAGGAUGGCAAGAAGUAG